UGACCGCGUCCAGGCCCCAGGGCUCCAACUUGGAAAUUCAUCAUUUCCUGCUGGAGAACGACGUUGUCCGAUUUCCGUCUUCCCAGGCUCAUCCCCCUGCGCCGUAUUAUGCCUGAAAGCAAACAAAGAACAUACCCGGCCUUCCCGCCACCGACGGAGCCAACGUCGCCAACGUGCGUCGUCAAGCGACUCUAUUUAUGCCGUCACGGACAAACAGAAGCGAAUUCUAGCGGGAUACUGCAGGGCUCCGGAAUCAACCAGCCGCUGAACGACGAGGGUGAGCGCCAAGCAGAGCGUCUCCGGGAACGACUAGCGCCAGUCAAAUGUGAUCUUGUCGUUAGUUCAAAGUUGAAGAGGGCACAGCAAACCGCAGAGGCAGUGCUUAAGGAGCAUAAGAACGUUCCAUUCGAGGAGGUCGAGGAGCUGGCAGAGAUAUCCUGGGGCGACUGGGAAGGCGUGGUGAACCCAGGGAUCACACAAAUCCUCAAGGAUUGGGAGCAAGGAGACUUCACGGCCAAAGUACCAAACGGCGAGAGUCCGCUGGAGGUCGAAGAGCGAGCUGUCCCAGCGAUCUACAAGUUGGUCGACAGGCCGGAAAAGGACAUCAUUGUAGUCAUACAUGGUCGCCUACUUCGCAUCAUCAUGUCGUCGAUCUUCUACCAGUCCCUUGCCCACAUGAGCACAUUCGUCCACCACAACACCUGCAUCAACAUCGUAGAUGUCCUUAUAGAAACCGACCCAUCGAAAUGCCCCGACAUCUCCGCUUCCGAUCAACGAAGGGCAUCUCUUGCACGAUUGUCAUCGCGGUCGUUUUCGGAAAACAAAGUCCUGGACGACAAUGUAACAAUCACAGAAGAGGAGACCAAGAACGUUUGUACGCCAAAUGGGAACAUCGACCAUAGCGGAGGCUUAGCGUUGCACACAGGGAUAGCACAUCCGAAGAACAUCACGUUUAUACCAGUGCUGUUAGAUAGCAUUGACCACCUUGCAUAGACAAAAUAAAAGGAGACUCCUCAAGAAGGUAGAUUCACGACAUGGUACCUGCUAGAGUAAUGUACUUCCUCGGUUUUUAGAUGGGGAACUGUUGAUUGCGCGCCCAGCAAAGCCCACAGAUCAGCGGUAAGGUUCUGAGGCGCCUUCAUACUUCUGUCCCGGACGAUGUUGCAUUAUUCGGCACAGG